AAGUCGCGAAAAGUGCUGGAUGUCUGGUGCCGAGCUAGAGGACGAGUUUGCUUCUUCCUUUCUCUUGUGAUUGACUGCUCCUGCACAGAGUCCAGCCGUGCUGUUUUUAUUCUGCUUUUGUUUUUACUUUGAUUCGAAUCCAACCAGUCGUCUGUAUUUGCUGCCUGCACUUGGAUGAACUUCCUGAUGAGAGAUCCAGUCAUACAGGGAUCAAGUAUGGCAUAUCAUCCGUUUAUACCUCACCGGGGUCCGGAAUUUGCCAUGAGUGCAAUGCUGGGUCACCAGCCUCCUUUCUUCCCGGCCCUGGCUCUCCCCCCCAGCGGCUCCCUGUCUCUCCCGGGAGCCCUGGGGAAGCCGAUUAUGGACCAGCUGAUGGGAGCCGACACCGGCCUGCACUUCUCCUCCCUGGGCCACCAGGCUGCGGCCGCCCACCUCAGGCCCCUGAAGGCUCUGGAGCCCGAGGAGGAGGUGGAGGACGACCCCAAAGUUCACCUGGAAGCCAAGGAGCUUUGGGAGCUCUUCCACAAGAAGGGCACGGAGAUGGUUAUUACAAAAUCCGGAAGGCGGAUGUUCCCUCCGUUCAAAGUGAGGUGCACGGGUCUGGACAAAAAGGCCAAGUACAUUCUCCUCAUGGAUAUAGUUGCAGCAGACGACUGCAGGUACAAGUUUCACAACUCGCGCUGGAUGGUGGCGGGGAAAGCUGACCCCGAAAUGCCAAAGAGGAUGUACAUUCACCCGGACAGUCCUGCCACUGGAGAGCAGUGGAUGUCCAAGGUGGUCAAUUUCCACAAACUCAAGCUGACCAACAACAUCUCCGACAAGCAUGGAUUUGUAAGUUCAACUAAUACCAUUCUGAACUCGAUGCACAAGUAUCAGCCUCGGUUUCACAUCGUGAGGGCGAACGACAUCCUCAAGUUGCCGUACAGCACCUUCCGGACCUAUGUUUUCCCUGAAACGGACUUCAUCGCAGUGACCGCCUAUCAAAACGACAAGAUAACCCAGUUGAAAAUUGACCAUAACCCCUUUGCCAAAGGAUUCCGUGACACCGGAAAUGGGAGACGGGAAAAGAGGAAACAGCUGGCUCUGCAAUCCAUGCGCUCCUACGAGGAGCAGCAGAAGAAGGAAAACGGCGCUUCGGACGACUCCUCCGGCGAGCAGGCCUCCUUUAAGUGCUUCGGGCAGGCCUCCUCCCCCGCGGUGUCCACAGUGGGCCCCCCACACCUGAAAGAUUUCUGUGACAGCGACGAGGACAGCGACGACGAGAGCAAAGAUGGACACAACAAGGACGGUCCGGACUCCAGUAAGAUCUCCACCACCACAGGGGACGGGAAGAACCACGAGGCGAGCCCAGUUAAGGGCCACCCCUUUGGCACCAAUGACUCUUCCGGGAGGAUGCGCGACGGCGCCCCAAGGACUGAGAAAAGCCAGGCGGACUCGCGGCAGAGUCCCAUCACCGUCAUCUCCAGCACCACGCGCUCCGGAGAUGACGUGAAGAGCCCGAACCUGGACCAGUCCAAGUCGGACGAAUGUAGCAGGUCAAUAAGCAAGGACAGCUUCCUGCCCUUGACAGUUCAGACUGACAGCGUGCACAUGGGUCACAACCACAUGCACAACUUUGGGUUUCCGCCGGGCCUAACGGGACAGCAGUUUUUCAAUCACCUCGGGAGCGCGCACCCGUUUCUGUUGCACCCGGGUCAGUUCAACAUAGGGGGCGCUUUCACCAACAUGGCGGCAGGCAUGGGACCCCUGCUGGCAGCGGUGUCCUCGGGAGGGGUGAGCAGCAUGGACACGAGCAGCAUGGCAUCCCCUCCGCAGAGCCUGACGGGGGCGCCGGGCCUGCCCUUCCAUCUGCAGCAACAUGUCUUGGCAUCGCAGGGCAUCGCCAUGUCUCCGUUUGGCAGUUUGUUCCCUUAUCCUUACACGUACAUGGCAGCAGCUGCAGCCGCCUCCUCCGCCGCCUCCUCCUCCGUGCACAGGCACCCCUUCCUGAACGCAGUGCGCCCCCGACUCAGGUACAGCCCGUACUCCCUCCCCAUGACGGUGCCGGACAGCACCCUGCUCACCACCGCCAUGGCUAGUGGGGAGCUGAAGGCGGACGGCCUGGUCCCGGCCAGCCCCGUGUCCGCCGUCACCCUGGACUCCACCUCGGAGGUGACCAGCCACUCAUCCACCAUCUCCUCGGGCUCCGUGUCCGCGUCCCCCAAAGCGUGCGCGGAGAAGGACUCAACCAACGAGCUGCAGAGCAUCCAGCGCCUGGUCAGUGGGUUGGACUCGAACCAGGACAGGCCGAGGAGCAGCUCCCCUUAAUGUGGAGCCGGAAGUGAUGAAGACUUUGGUGAGAGGAGGACGCGUGGGCAGAU